GCAGUGUUCAGGCUACUGUUUGGCUGGGAAGGGUGCUACAGAAACGACUCCCCAGACUUGCCCCCGCUACCGUUACUGAGUUAACGGGGGUCCCAGGAUAGGGAGCCCAACAUGGGCAACCCCCAGAACAGCUCCCUUCAGCCUGGGCAGUCUGCACCCUUCUCAAGGCCCUGAGUGGUCAGUCCCUGGGCUCACUCAGGUUAAGAGUGGGAGCUGUGUUGCAGGAGGCUAUCUGGACAGCAUUUGGCAAGGAUGGCACUGCUGAAAGUCAAAUUUGACCAGAAGAAGCGGGUCAAGUUGGCCCAAGGGCUCUGGCUCAUGAAUUGGCUCUCCGUGUUGGCUGGCAUCAUCGUCUUCAGCUUAGGGCUAUUUCUGAAGAUUGAACUCCGGAAGAGAAGUGAUGUGAUGGAUAAUUCAGAGAGCCAUUUUGUGCCCAACUCCUUGAUAGCGGUGGGGAUGUUGUCCUGUGUCUUCAACUCUCUGGCUGGCAAGAUCUGCUAUGAUGCUCUGGACCCUGCCAAGUAUGCCAAGUGGAAGCCCUGGCUGAAGCCAUACCUGGCUAUCUGUGUCCUCUUCAACAUUGCCCUCUUCCUUGUGGCUCUCUGCUGUUUUCUGUUGCGGGGCUCAUUGGAGAGCACCCUGGACCAAGGGCUCAAGAAUGGCAUGAAGUACUAUCGGGACACAGACACCCCUGGCAGGUGUUUCAUGAAGAAGACCAUGGACUUGCUGCAGAUCGAGUUCAAAUGUUGUGGCAACAGUGGCUUUCGGGACUGGUUUGAGAUUCAGUGGAUCAGCAACCGCUACCUGGACCUUUCCUCUAAAGAAGUCAAGGAGUGAGUAGUCUCUAGUCCUGGGGUGCUCUUGGAGCUCACCUCUCAGCUCUAUGCAGAGCCUGGCAUCCAGCAAAUGCUCAUGAAAUGCCUGCUGGUGUUUACUUCUGAAAUCAUGAUAGCACAAUACACUCAAGCGCGCUACCGCUUGAGCCACAUCCCCAGCCCCAGCAAGGCUUCUUUUGAUAUCAAGGUAACUGUCACAGUUGGGCUGCGCUAUCUGCAUACAGCACUGGAAGGUGUAUCCAAUCCUGAGGACCCUGAGUGUGAGAGUGAGGGCUGGCUGCUGGAGAAGAGCAUACCUGAGACCUGGAAGGCCUUUCUGGAGAGCUUGAAAAAGCUGGGCAAGGGCAACCAGGUGGAAGCUGAGGGUGCAGAUGCAGGCCAGGCCCCUGAGGCUGGCUGAUGGCCCCUGCCCUGCCCCUCCUGAACACUGAGUAGUGGACUCCAGGAAAUGCGGAUUCCUCCCUUGUCCAACUGAAAGUCUGAUCUCCCAAGAAGGCUGGCCACCUCUCAGAGACUCUUCUUGUCUUUGGGAGACAAGAAGUUUAGGGUCCCCAAAGUGUGUGGCAAACACUUUUUGAAUGACUCCAAAUGUGAAUAAAUGAGGCCCAGCAGGCUCCCUGCCCUGGGAUGUGCCCUUAUGAUAGA